ACCACUUUAUAUGUUGUGGGUUUUGUCUCAUUAUGAUUAAUUUGUUGGUUUAAUUAGCUUCAACGGAAUAUUUCGAUGUGAUAUGAAAUGGUCUUAAUAAUUAACCACUAAAAUUAAUUCUUUGUUAAUUAUGCGAGGUAAAUUGCGUUUUAAAGUGACUACUUUUGCUAUUAACAAAAAACACAAAAUGAAUGUAAUUAGGAACUAAUUAGUGGGCCUAGUAAAGCUGCAAUGGAAUAUUAAUUUAGUGUCUAAAGAUUUAACACUAAAUUUAUUAUCUGUGGAUCAUAUUAGGUACAUUUUGUUCAAUGCAAUGUUUAUUAUUAUUUUUUAUUUUUAAAACAACUGAUAUUCAGAAAGUCGAUAUGUAACCAUUAAAGUUUGAUGGAUCGACUGAAGCAUUAAAAAUUUCAAUUAUCUUAACCCAAUUUGGCCUACAUUUUGUUACCAUGACCAAAAUUUUGCAAAACCAACAUUCAAAAUUGCCAUGAUUUUACAAAAUUUAAGAAAUAGUGGCUUAUGUGUGUGAACAACUUAGGAAAUCCUGUCGCUUCGUGAAACUACUUUGGUAAUGAAAUUCGCGGCUGGCGUGGCGGCUCGAAUUAGCGGCUGGACUUUUCGGCCGUAAAUUGAGAAUUCGCGGCUGGCAUUCGCGGCUGGGAAUUCGCGGCUGAGAAUUCGCGGCUAUCUUCAGCUUGGUACGGAUCAGGCAAAUCCUUCGACGAUGGAGGUAGACCUUCGUGCUUCGACGUACAUCCAAAGAUCGUCACGAAGAACACAAAGAAACUAACCCAGAAUAUGAUUGGACAGGGACAAGGUGCACGACAAAGAUGGCGGCAAGCAUGAUGAAGGUCUAUAGUGAAAAGUGAUAACCCCAAGCAGUCAAUACCUCCGUCCUGAGCCGAAGGUGUUUUGCUCAACUUCGCUUCAUUUCAGUCAAUCCAAAGAUAUUGAGAUGGCUAGCGAUCAACCUGCCGUUACUGCACGGACCAGACUGCCAGUGAUAGUGAUGCUUGUUCUAUGCACGGCGCUGAGUGUUGUCUUUUAUUUGCGGGUUCCCUUUGGACAAAUACAAGAGAUUCCUCUAGGUAAUGUUAAACCAAAACAAAGACACAUCACUCAUGCUACAAACAGACACCUUGUCGAGGAACAGCUACGGAAUAUCACGCAGCAUGUGGAACCGUUACGUCCAUCUUCCAUCGGUGCAGCAGACCAGGAAACGGUCACCCUAGACUUUACCACAACCAAGAAGAAGGAACAGGUGCAGAGAAAAGCAACUCUCCGUGAGGCGUGUAAACAGAAGAUCAGCUCAGGAGUGGAUGUCAGGAAUAACCCACCAGCUCGAAUAUAUGUAGAUGAGGAAUAUAAGGUUCUGUAUUGUUCCGUGCCGAAAAUCGCUUGCACGAGCUGGAAGAAAGUAUUCCUAGUAUUAAUGAAAGCUUUUAAAACGACCGAAGAGAUAUCUCAGUAUUACACCAACCGGGCUGGGAAGAAACAGUUGAAGGAGCUGAGAGAUUUCUCGCCCUUCCAAAUCGACAGGAUAUUGAAAACCUAUACCAAGUUCAUGUUCGCGAGGCACCCGUUUUCGCGGGUGCUGUCGGCAUUUAAGAACAAACUGGCACCAGACUCGUCUUUUGAGCGAGCGGUCCUUUGGCAGCGAUCAGUGGGCAAGCGGAUAAUCGAUAGGUAUCGGGAUAAGGAUCAUCUACCCCAGACUGCCGAUAAUUACGAUCUGACAUUCAAUGAGUUCAUCAAAUACCUUAUCGAUCCUGAAGCCAAUGGUAACAAUCUUCACUGGUCGGAGAUCUACAAACAGUGCCUUCCCUGUGACAUCGACUAUGACAUCAUCGGUAAAUUUGAGACUUUACAGUCGGACUCCAAGUUUAUUCUGAAUCUAAUUAACGCUGAGGGUGUUGUCUUUCCCGGAUCAGACUCGAGCAGUCCUACGGGCAGUUCAAAUCAGACCUACUUGGAACUGCAUUUUAAGGACGUGCCGCUUGUGGACUUGCAAAAACUCUAUGAGCGUUUCCGGUUAGAUUUUCAGUUGUUCGGGUACGACCCUCCAACACUUGCCUUUAAAGGCAGUUAGUAUUAGGUAAUAGACCUUAUCGCAAAUACCAAUGCGCAAGCGCAGACUGUUGAA